AUGAACACUCAGAGUUAUCUUGACGGGUCACUUCGCCCCUAUGUCUCUAGAUCCGAUUUCGACCUGCAUUAUCCAAUCGCCUAUCAGCCUGAAAUUGGAAUUAUUGAUACCGCCACAUCACAAAGUAUAUCACAAUCUCUGCCUAUUGUUCAAUCAAAAAUUGGCAACACGAGCAUAAAUAGUGCAACUUCUAGAAUCGGAAUACAUGCUUUUGGCUCUAAGUCUUCAGCGUUAUUAUCUAAAGACUCUUCAGCUUAUGGGAAAUCAGUAGGUGAUUUAGAGUGGUCUGAAUUUUUUGAUUUCAACAAUUUGAAAGCAGUGUUAAUAGCUUUGUCUAGAAGGUUUGUACAAGGGUGGAUGAAGUGCCUAGUAAGUCAACCAUUUGAUGUUGUUCGCAUUCUUCUUCAAGUAGGCUCCUUCAAGAAGAAUGACGGUGCGUCCAUGAGGCCAAUAAAAGCUAGGGAUAGUGCUCUCAUUGACGAUCAAGAAGAAGAAGAAGAAGAAGAUCCAAGAGGAUUAAACUAUUCUGAUAGUGAUUAUGAAGAUCGUAACACUUAUUUUGAUGAACCUAAUAUUGACUCCAUGAGAGACAGUAAAAUUGAAAGAACGAGCAGGAAAGCCAGUAGGAAGCCUAGUGGUUUAUCGAAAGAAAAAGCCAACCUGAAUCUUAGCAGAGUAAACAUACUUCUUGAGCCAGAAUCUUUAAAUACAUUUGAUAUGCUCAGUGCCCUACUAGUCAAAGAAGGACCAAGAGGUGCUUUGAAAGCAGUUAAUACGACGUUUUUAAUGCGUACGCUACAGUACACUAUUGAGUCAUGGAUAAGCGGAUUUAUAUCUGGUUUGAUUGGGAUUCCAGACCCACUCUAUGUUGAUAUGGUUCACUCCCCAAAUGCUAAUUGGAGCUUGAUUUUGAGUUUAGUAAGUAAUAUAUGUUCGGGAUUAUUGCUAACUCAAUUGAGGUUGAUUCGUGCAAAAUUCAUUAUCACCACGAGCUCAAGAGGUUGUCGUUCAUUUAGAGAGAUUAUUUGCAAUAUUCCAAAGCUUUAUAUCUUUAGCAUCCCAAAAGCUUUAUUACUUCCAUCAUUGGUAACUCAUUUUAUUAAGUCUUUCACACUGAAUUAUCCAGAAUAUUUCUUAACUUCUAUGAAAAUCAACAAAUAUAAUAACCCUUAUGUUUACAAUAUGUCUUCGGUAAUUUUAAAAAUAAUAGGCCUCUUUGUGAGGUUACCUUUUGAAACUUUAUAUGCAAGGGCUCAGGUGAACUACCUUUUGACAAACAGAGAGGAGCUCCCUGAAAUAAUGCGUGUUGAGAGAGAAGACAUGUGUAUUGAGUUUGGCGGUUAUUAUGGUUACCUUUCUACCUUGUAUUAUAUUGUGAUGGGUUCAAGACCCCUGACUUAUGAGGGACAAUCCCUUGAAGUCUCAGUAGAAAAAGAUGAAGAAAACAAGGGUUUUAAGGCCAUUUUUAGAGGAUGGAAAGUGGGACUACUUAGACUAGUUUCUUCUUAUUGCUUAAAGCUUCUGAAAGAUGAGAGAUUUAGCAUCAAUGAAGAGAAAUUCUAG